CUCUCCUUCUCCCGCUGGAGGCCGGGCCCAGGACCCGGCAGCGAUUGGUGACAGGCGAGGAUAUCAUCUAUCAUCUCUCGUCCACCCACCCACCCCCUCCCCAGUGAACGUGGAGUUCUUCCAACGCCCGUGUCCCCGGCAAAGUCAUGUACAACGCGUGUGGAAUACCCCAAUCACUCCAACAACUGCCCGGCGCUGGCUGCACCUUACACACUGGAGGGACUUCCUUUACAGACUGCUAACUCACCCUGCGAGCCUCCGCUUGCCAAGAGCAUUACAUUCCUCGGUGGGACUCUGGACUAUGCUCGACUCUUGUUAGAUUGUUAGUGUGUGUGUGUUCGCGAGUGCAGGGGGUUUGUCGAUGGAAGCCUCAACGUCUUCCAGCCCGGCCACCAGCAAAGAGGAGGCGCUGCGGGAGCAGGAGCGACCCGAGGCGGAGUACAUCAACUCCAAGUGUGUCCUGUUCACCUACCUCAACGGGGACAUCAACGCGCUGGUGGACCAGCAUUUCAGCCGCGCUCUGAGCAACUACAACCCCGACGCCAGGAGCACCAGAGGCCGUAAAGGGAGCACUGCAUCUUCAGGUUCUCUGAAUGAUCGGAGUUUCCCUGCAUCUUUCUGGGACAGUGAUUACCAGGCGCCCACCACCACGUGUACAGCCAGCGGCAGCUGUAUCGGGAGCCCGCACACCGAGCUACAGCUCACCCCGACAGACCCCUACCCAGCCGCCCUGCACCCUCACCUGGCACAGCCUCCAGACCACUGGCACUUCCCGCUGGCUGGGCACCUCAGCCCGCAGAGCCCAGCGUACCACCAGGCCAGGACUAUACACGAACUCUACCCCGUCGGACCCAACCUGGACCCUCGCUACAGCUCUCUACUCGUGCCCGCGCUACGUGCCAACAGACUGCAGCCCACCCUCAGCGCCCAGGAGCCCAGCUCGCCAUGGUCUGGGGUCUUCCCCACCGCUGAAGUCACGCAGACUUUAAACUUAAACGUUGACGCAGCUCGACACUACUGCAUACCCAGAGGAUCGUUCUUCAGCUGAGAGGGGGAGAAGCUGGGGAGAAGUGGUCGUGUACAUACGGGCAUGGGCUGAUUUUAGUUCAAGAUCUGAGCGAGGGGCUGUCAGAAGGUGCAGCUGCAACGAAGAUCGAUCGUUGGGACUCUCCGGCGAGAAGACUUGAUCAAUGUACGGACACCCAUUUAUUCUCCCUCUCCCACAGACUCCUCAUACCAAGAAUAAAGACUCCGACAUUACAAGUUUGCAAUUUUUAAUCUUAAUUCAAUUCAGAAGAGAGACUGGAGCAACUCAGCAGACGGAAGGAAUGGGUGACGUUUCGGGUCGAGACCCUUCCUCAGAACCGAAACGCCACCCAUUCCUUCUCUCCAGUGAUGCUGCGUGUUCCCGCUGAGUCACUCCAGCAUCUUGUGUCUAUCUUUGGUGUAAACCAGCGACUGCGUUUCCUUCCUACUUAAUUCAAUUCACCUUUGGUUUGGUCCUUUGUUUUUAUCUCGCUAUUUGUUUUCGUGGUGAAGGAUCGCGCAGUGAUUAAAGAAACUUACACUGGA